UUGUUUGUAAACACGACGUCCUUUUUUCGAAAAAAUAGUUAAUUCCGUGCGUAUAAAGUGAAAAAGUGAAUUCCGUGCGUGAAAAGGACACUAUUUCCUUGUAUCAAACCAUGGCCGACGAGUAUGAGCACGUGAACAAGAGCAAGCUGAAGCUGCGGGUGGAAUCGGACAUCAAGAAAAAGCACAGCAAGAAGAGCAAAAAGAAAAGCAAAGACAAGACGAAGAUGCAGAUCGUCCUGGAGGAUGCGAGGAAAUCGGAACAAAGCCAGCGCCAAACUUCCACCACACCGAACCAACCGUACGGCCGUGUGCUAACGAAGGCCGAAGAAGCAUUCAAGAAGAUGCAAGAGAAAAAGGAACACAAACGCAUCGUGGAAAAGGCUCAAAUGACACACAAACAACGGGUGGAACAAUUUAACCAGCAUCUGGACAGCCUCACGGAACACUUCGACAUACCGAAGGUUUCCUGGACGAAGUAGACGCGUCCUACAGUCCGGGUGUGCCGAAGGACUUCCUACGAAUUGACCUUAAAAUGUAUCAAUAAAUUAAGCUAUCCUGUAUA